GAUUUUUUUAAUAUUUAAAAUGUCUCACAGAAAGUUUGAAGCACCAAGACAUGGAAAUCUUGGAUUUACACCAAGAAAGAGAACAAAGCAUCACAGAGGAAGAAUCCGAGCUUUUCCAAAAGAUAAUGUAAAGGCACCAGUUCAUUUAACAGCAUUUGCAGGAUUCAAAGCUGGUAUGACCCACAUUUUAAGAACUGUUGAAAGACCAGGAUCAAAAUUAAAUGGAAAAGAAGUUGUAGAAGCUGUAACAAUAGUUGAAACUCCACCUUUGGCUGUUGUUGGUAUAGUAGGAUAUAUUGAAACACCAAGAGGAUUAAGAGCUUUAACAACAGUUUGGAGUACAAAGAUUGCAAAAGACACUUUAAGAAGAUUCUAUAAAAAUUGGAUGAAUUCAAAGAAGAAAGCUUUUACAAAUUAUAAUAAAGCUAAUGCAGAACCAAAGAAUUUGGAAACUCAAUUAAAAAGAAUUGUAAAGUAUUGCUAAGUCGUAAGAGUGAUUGUUCAUACUUAAAUGAGCAAAUUAAACUUAAGAUAAAAGAAGAAUCAUGUAUUUGAAGUUCAAGUAAAUGGAGGUACAACAGAAUAAAAAGUUAAUUAUGCAAAGGGAUUAUUAGAGAAAGAAGUAAAAGUAGAUUAAGUAUUUAAAUAAAACGAAUAAAUUGAUGUUAUUGGUGUAACUAAAGGUAAGGGAGUUGCAGGUGUGAUUAAAAGAUUCGGUGUUAAACAUUUAUAAAAGAAAACCCAUAGAGGUUGGAGAAGAGUAGGAUGUAUUGGAGGAUGGCAUCCAGCUAAUGUUAGAUAUAGUGUUGCUAGAACUGGUUAAUUAGGUUAUCAUCAUAGAACUGAAAUGAAUAAGAAAAUUUAUAGAAUUGGUGCUGCUGGUGACAAGAAUACUGCAUCCACAGAAGCAGAUUUGACAUCUAAGGCUAUUACUCCAUUGGGAGGAUUCCCUCAUUAUGGUGAAAUCAGAAACGAUUUCCUUAUGCUUAAGGGAGGUAUUGUUGGACCCAAAAAGAGAAUUGUCUUAUUGAGAAAGUCUCUUGUUCCAUAAACCAGCAGAAAAUCUUUGGAAGAAAUCACUCUCAAAUUCGUUGAUACUUCCUCUAAAAUUGGACAUGGUAUUUAUUUAUUUUCAUUUUUUAGGACGUUUCCAAACUCAAGAAGAAAAGGCCAAGUUUUAUUACACUAGAACCUAGAGAAAAUUAAAGUAACAAUAGUAACAAUAAUGAUCUAAAAUUAUAUAAACAAAUAUAUUUC